UACUCCGAAAGGUGCUUAGAUAAGAAAGGGGAGGGUUUGGUCGAAGAUGAAGUGACUGUGAAAGUGGAGGGCGACAUUUCUCCCACAUGGAAUGUAGAUAGUCACCUAGGAUACAGACUCUCACAGGGCAGCGAUUUCUUAGAUUACAGGGAAAGCUUAGAGACUAAUCCAAAUAACACGACCCACUCCCCUUUACACACACUCAAGGAUUACAACCCAGUGUCCACUUCAAUGGGGCCUUCCGAUUCACACGGACAUAGCCUUUUCGAUCAGGUAUUGAACUCAAACGACAGGGCUAGAGCCCAGGUUCAGGGAGGGGGAGCAACAUUAGGCAAUAGUAAAGAGAAACGGUUCCUCUGCAUGUUCUGUAACAAAGGCUUCAGCUGCCCCCAGAAGGUGGAGAUCCACCAGAGGGUACACACAGGGGAGAAACCCUUCAGCUGUACCCAGUGUCACAUUGGCUUUGCCCAGGCUGGUGACCUGAAGAGGCACCAUAGAGUCCACACAGGGGAGAAACCCUUCAACUGCCUCCAGUGUGAGAAGAGGUUUUCCCGCCAGCACCAUCUGAAGAUGCACCUGAAGGUCCACACGGGAGAGAGGCCGUUCGCAUGUGCGCACUGUGGGAAGAGGUUCUCAGAGAAGAGCUACCUCAGAAUACACCAAAAGAAAAAACAUUCCACUCUAUAACAUAAAGUAACCAUUCCACUCGAUGGCGUCUGACAUUUAGGUCAAACCCUACUUUAACCCUUACACUUGUGGGAAUUGGCCUAUAUGGAUGGAGCUCAAUUGAAAUGUUUCUUACAGAAGAAAUAGGGAAAGCAUAUGCAUAACCAUGGUAGCAAUCAAAGGGGAACUGUGGAGAUUAUGUGAAAAUUAUUAGACUAAAAGUGAGGACACAACAGUUCACCUGACACAAGACUGAAUCCAAACAUUACACUGUUGAU